CUGGAUUCAUGCUGGUCGCAAAUGCACUUUGUUGGUUUUCUCAUGGUGCGGCUCAUUUAUUUUAUAGCUUAACAUCUCCCAGUUUUCAAGCCGUAAUAGAAACGGCUCAUUGUGAAAGUUUUACGAAGCGUAGCGUCUUCUUUAGUUUUAACUCAUAUUCAUUCUAACGGACGUACAGUAGUUAUUUUCAGCUUGGACAAGUGUCAGUAAUAAAUUUAUGAUAUACGUUUAUAUAACUGCUUCUUAGCAUAUUACGUUUCGGUUUUUAUAAUGGAAACAAUGAAGAUUGUUUAUAUGUGUUCUCUUAUUUCUGUUUAUACAUGUAUCCAUAGCAAGGAUAUAGUUAUUAAAGCGCCGGCCGGAAAUAUAUUAGGACGAACGUCAACUGUACAUUUUGCCGGUCAGCCAUACACAAUUUCAAGUUAUCUAGGUAUUCCCUUCGCGGAGUCGACGAAUGGACAAAGGCGUUUUUCUAAGCCUGUUAUAAAGGCUCGGUUUGUUGGAACGUUUAAUGCAACAGAAGCAAAACUAUCAUGUCCGCAAAAUGUGAAGUGGGAACAUGGGCUGGAACAAAUACCCGUUGGCGAGGAUUGUCUGAAUCUGAACAUUUUUGCGCCAAGCGGUAUACCUGGCAAAAAGCCAAAAGCAGUUAUGAUUUACAUCUAUGGAGGUGCUUUCCAAUAUGGAUUUCAAAAUGCGUACAUAUCAACAGCUUUAGUAGCAUUACAUGAUGUUAUAUAUGUUACAUUUAAUUACCGUGUAAGUCAUUACGGAUUCUUGGCAAGCAAGAAACAUGGACUGAAAGGCAAUUAUGGUUUAUGGGAUCAGCAUAUGGCAAUACAGUGGGUUCAUGACAAUAUCGCAGCAUUUGGUGGCGAUCCUAACAGAGUGACACUCUUUGGAGAUUCUGCAGGUGCAGCAUCCGUUAUUUACCAAGCUAUGUACGAGGGAAACAAAGGUCGCAUACAGCGUGUGAUCGCACAGAGUGGUACUGUAUGCUCAUUCUGGUCUUUCGACAGAUAUCCUGACUUACUGUUCGAAGAUUUAAGUACCAAAAGCGGUUGUAAGAAAAGAACGUUUCAAGAGACAAUGAAGUGUCUGCGUGCUAUGGAUAUCGAAGCAAAGGAAAAGCACAUGACAUUCGAAGCAGAUUUCUUGCCAGUUUAUGAUGGAGAAUUUAUCAAAUAUAAACCGGAUGAUAUAUUUGGAAAACAAUCCCUAGAAUCCGCUAGUGCCCUGAGAAACUUUGCUGAUGUUGAUAUCAUCAUUGGACUGAACAGUGAGGAAGGACUGACAGAAUUAGAGGCUUUGGCAAGGAUGUCAGGAGAUAACCUAGAAAUAUUUUCUGAUGGAAUGUCGGAGAAACAGAUGAAAGCAUAUACGGAUCAAUUGUUUAAAGAAAUGAAUAAGACACAUAACGAUAUUUUGAUGAAAUCGGUCCUGCAUCAGUACACAGACUGGUCAGAUCCGCAAAGUGAUACAUCUCGGCGUUCUAUGUUUCUGGAUCUCUUGAAAGAUGUACAUUACACAGAUUCAACUGUUAAAACUGUCAAUGCGCAUGUAAGCCUCGGAUCACAUGGUAAUACCUACAUGUAUCAUUUUGAUCACAAACCUAGUUUUUCCGUCUCACCAAAAUGGGUCGAUGGUGCUGAUCAUACUGAGGAAAUUCCAUUUGUGUUAGGCUUUCCUAGGUUUUAUAUGUACCUGUUUGGAAAGUUUUAUGAAGACCCACCUCUACACAUUCCCCAAAACGAAUUGCACUUAUCAAAGGCUAUGAUGAAAUACUGGACACAAUUUGCUAAAACUGGAAAUCCAAAUGUCCCGGAUGAUGUUUCUGUUACGGAGUGGCCUACAUAUACAGCUAACAACCACGUGUUCCUCAUUCUGAAAGCGGACGAAAAUUCUUUACAAACUGGAAGUCUUUUCAGGAAUCAAUUUGUAAGAUACUGGGCAGACAUUUAUCCCGGUUUAUCCAGCUUAGCUAUGAAUGAGAAACAAACAAAAGAAGAUAACACAGAAGCUAAAACGUGUAAACUUGUCUCUAGUGCUUCUGCACCUUUGCAAUUUGUAUGGAAGACUAUUUGUGUUUCUUUGAUACUGUUCUACUUUGAAUCAAGCAAUUGAACCGCUUUGCCUUCCUUCUGUUAGCUCUUCGACAAGGAUAUGUUUGAACUGCAUUUGUAUUAGAUGAGAAAUGAAUUUGAUUGUGAAAGGUUUUUUUUGUUGUGAAUGUUGCAUAUUUAUACAAAGUCAGACAACUGUAUGAUAUAAAAAGACUAAGUGCGUGUCAGUAACAUGAAAACAAACGUUUUACGACUAGAGUGACCUUAAGAAGACAGUGAGUGUGUGGAAAAUUAUUCACGUAGUUCAUAUACGUAUAUGUAAAUCUGAUCUUUUUAUUAUUUAUUCAUAUCACAAAACGAAAAGAGUAUUACUUGAUACGUUAUAUUUAUUGGAUCAGCAAUUUUUUCACAUCUUUUAUCACUGGAGUUACUUGGGAGUGGGGAUGGGGGAUGUAAAUAUUGUCAGCGGCAGAAUAAUCUGCAUAUCUUUUGUUUAACUGUUUCAUUUGUUCACAUAUUCAAAAACUGUAUUACUAAACAAGUUUUUGAAAAAAAUUGAGUAUGUUUGUACUAUUGGUGAACGCUUGGGUGCAUAACCUUAACUGUAUUUGAUACUUUUAGGGUUUUGUUUUAAAUUAGAAAUGACAGGUGUCUGAGUGUAAUGUGUACUUUUCUGUUGUUGUAGAAUGAAAUAUGCAUAAACAGUUAUGUUUUGCUUACAAUAGUUAUUAGAUUAACAAUUCCAAAACAAUACAAUGAUUUGCAUUGUUAUAAAUUUAUUUGUAAGACAAACUUUCAAAUUUACUUGAGACAUCGACUGAGUGGUAAACAUUGAGACGGACAUCUGACCUUGAUCAAUGUAUCAGUACCUCCGUGGUCUGGUGGUUAAGGUCACUGACUUCAAAUCCCUAGCAAUUUAUUUAGGUGGGUUCGAAACUUAGUUUGGAUGUAAAAUUCUUCAUCUAAAUAAGCCGCCCAGCUGGCUUACGGAAUGUCGCCGGUUCCCAGGGUAGCACCUGGUUACAUUCUCUACCGUCAAAGGCUAGAAAAGUCAUCAAAUGACCUACAUUGUGUCGGAGUAACCAUAAAUCCUAAAAAACAUACAAGCAUUAAAUCAGUAGAUCAGUGACGACUACAGACAGUAGUUCAUCUUUUUCGACAUGUUUGAUAGACAUUAUAGUGUACCAAGCAUGAUAGCAAUUGUUCUGUUCUUUUGUAGUGAUAAUAAUUUGGGCAAUUUUGUUAAUAAAAAUGCAUUUCAACCAUC